AUGUCGGUGGUUUUACUGACAGUGGUCCUGCUGGUCCUGAGCUCAGGUCAAAGCUCAAGUGAAGAUCAAGGCAACCAGACUCAUCCUCUUCCCCCUCGCCCUGGCCAAGGCAACCAGACUGAGCCUCGUCCUCCUCAUCCAGACCUAGGCAACCAGACACACCCUCGUCCUCCUCACCCUGACCAAGGCAACCAUACUCAGCCUCGUCCUCCUCAACCUGACCAAGGCAACAACACACAGCCUCUUCCCCCUCACCCUGACCAAGGCAACCAGACUCAGUCUCGUCCUCCUCGACCAGCUCAAGGAAAUCAAACUCACCCUCAUCCUCCUCACCCUGAUUAUAGCAACCAGACACAGCCACGUCCUCCUCACCCUGACCAAGGCAACCACACUCAGCCUCUUCCCCCUCACCAUGGCCAAGGCAACCAGACUCAGCCUCGUCCUCCUCAUCCAGACCUAAGCAACCAGACUCAGCCUCGUCCUCCUCGACCAGGUCAUGGAAAUCAAACUCAGCCUCGUCCUCCUCACCCUGACCAAGGCAACCACACACAGCCUCUUCCCCCUCACCCUGACCAAGGCAACCAGACUCAGCCUCGUCCUCCUCAUCCAGACCUAAGCAACCAGACUCAGCCUCGUCCUCCUCGACCAGGUCAUGGAAAUCAAACUCAGCCUCGUCCUCCUCAGCCUGACCAAGGCAACCACACACAGCCUCUUCCCCCUCACCCUGACCAAGGCAACCAGACUCACAACCAGACACAGCCACGUCCUCCUCACCCUGACCAAGGCAACCACACUCAGCCUCUUCCUCCUCACCAUGGCCAAGGCAACCAGACUCAGCCUCGUCCUCCUCAUCCAGACCUAAGCAACCAGACUCAGCCUCGUCCUCCUCAACCAGGUCAUGAAAAUCAAACUCAGCCUCGUCCUCCUCACCCUGACCAAGGCAACCACACACAGCCUCUUCCCCCUCACCCUGUUCAAGGCAACCAGACUCAGCCUCAUCCUUCUCGACCAGAGCUUCAUCCCCCUCACCCUGACCAUCAACAUACACCACAUCAAGAUGGAGAACUUCAGAACCAAAACCAGAGGCCUCAUCCUUCAGGAUUUCAGCCAAGACCACCUAAUAAUGAAAACCAUCAAGGCCCAGGCCCACAAGUAGUCCCACAACAGAGACCUCCUCAAGACCCAUCCUCACAAGGAGUACCACAGCAGAAACAUCCUCAGUGCCAAAGCAACAAGGAGGCCCACAGCACGAACCUCCUAAAGGCCUAUCCCCACAAGGAGGCCCACAACAGAAAACUUCUCAAGGCCAAUGCCCACAAGGAGGCCCACAGCAGAAACCUCCUCAAGGUCCACCCCCAUUACAAGGCAAGGAGCAGAAAUCAACAAAGAAGCAAGAACUCCAACAAAGAAGUUCACAUCAGAGACCUGCACAAGGCCAAAGAAAACAAAGACUCCUUCAACCUGGAAACCCACAAGAACCACCACAAGUUCCCCAAUUGA